AAGCUAUGCAAAACGAUAGAUCUCGCUGGAAAACCGAAGGACACUCGAGUGAAGUACAUGAGGACUUUCUCAGGAAUAGUGUUCAAAGAAGAAAUCAAUUGGAGAAGAUUCUCUUUUCCUACAAUAAUCUUCAUCGUCUGGAUCCAAGUUACGGGGAAAUCGUUCAAAGAGCUUUUGAAUCAAAUGAUCCUAUUGCGCUGUGGAAUUUUGAGAAUGAGGUUCUGUUGAACUCAAAAGACGUUGAUGAUCUCAUGCAGCAACAGUUCGCCGCUCCCGUCCAAAAUAAUCAGUGCCCAAAUCCUUAUCAAAAUUGCGGAUAUCAGAACAAUUUGGUGAGCACGUUGGAUGCUUCAUUUAAGGUACACCCAUUUGCUCAACAUGGUAAUUACAUGCCACCUCCGGCACAGUUUGCAUCAAAUCCAAACGUCUUUCCGCAACCUGUUCCUCCAUACACUAUGGAUUUGGCAGCGUCGAAUUCAGGAUUUGCACACCCACAGAUUGUAAACCAGCCUAUGCAUCCACACGUGCCUGUUGGUUCCCAGAAUUACAAUCCUCCCCAAUUUGUGCCAGCUCCACCAACCAUGAUGCCAGUCGGAGCUGUAAUGGUUUCGCAAGGAUCGUAUUCAAUGUCACCACCUCAAAUUGAUACUUCAAAGCCACCUUCUGGAUAUGGAUUCUCGUCUCCCAUCUUUCCAUCACCGUCUUACAGUCAAUAUUCUGGUCCACCUGCCAACGAAGGAUUCCCAGACAUUAUUUAUGAUAACAAUGGAGUUGCAUAUUGUCGAGUUGUCAGCGCACCUGUAUGCGUCGUUUCCAUGUCACAAUCGGGAUCAUCAGUAUGCUCAUCACAAUCGUUUUCUUCCGGACAGAGCGACAUAUCUAUGUCCAGCAGACCGCCCAUCAAUGGAUCUAGUGUUGGAAAUGGUUCGUUAUCACCCAUGACUGAUAGUGUCAGGGAAGAAUCGGAAGACGAAGAUUAUGGAACGUUGACGCCUGUUGGUCAGCAAGAUUGCGACUUGGAUUCAGUAGACACGGAAAGUGUUGCAAAUGAGCCAGAACCUUAUAGCAGUACAAUGUCUGAAAUGCCACCAUUAGAUGAUGUUGAUGAUAUAAUGGAGAACCUUGAUCUUUCGAAAACACUGAUUGAGCCGGAAACUUUGGAACACUCGGAUAACAUGAGCGUAGUUGAAAUCAAAUCUGAACCUGUAUCUGAAAUGACGACUGACUCGUUGAUUGUUGAUGAUGACAGGGAUACGUCAAUAUCUGAAAUCAUUAAGUAUCUGGAUACGUCGGAUGACGUUUUGGAAUCAUGGCAGGAGGCGACGGGCAGGAAGAAAUGUUUUGUACCACAGAAAACACAAAAACUCGUCUACCCGCUGCCAUUGUCAAAAGUCGAAAAACCAUUGCAAAAAUGUCAGCAGACUUUGGCCGCUUCCACCAUUGACGAGGAUAGCAAAGAAGCAUCAACUAUUGCUCUACCCGACGCCAGGAAAAAGUUGACAAAAAAAGAAAAGCGCCUUAUGGCUGCACAGAAGGCAAAUCAAUUGGAAACUGAUGACGAUGUACUGGAAGCAGCAUAUCGAGAAAGACAGAAGCAUGUGGAGCAAGCUGGUGGUGACUACUCAAGCUCAGGACAGAAAGACCAAAAAAAGAAGCGAGGAAAAAGACCCGUCUCGAAUCCACCGCCAUCGUUGAUCAGUCCCCAAAUCCUGCAUGCAGUUCAAAUGGCAAUUGCUAACAGAGCAAAGAAGAUUUCAGAAUCGGGUCGUCCAAUUUUUCACGAAAAUUUCUCAUAUCAAAAAUUCUAUGAAACGGUGGAUACUUUUGUGAAAACUUGGGAAGAAAAUUCGAAUGAAAUGAACAAAGUGUUACAGUUUAUUGAAAAACGCAUUUUGGCAUUCAAAAUGGUUCAACGUCCGCAAAGUCUCUCGCGUAUUACAAUCUACGAGCAACUUCAGCUGAACUUGCCGCCAGCUAUUCUUCCGGAACUAUGCUUUUUGGCCGGUCUCACCAGCGAUUCUACUGACAAAUUAGAGUAUUACGAAGAAAUUUUCUUCAACCUUUUCUAGAUUCCGUUAUUGUUUGUACACAUUGUACCCAGUGAUCAGAUGUUUUAACUGUGAUUAACCAUGACCAUUCAGUUGUAUUUUUCAGUCCAUUUAAUUACGUGUCAUUGUCUUCAAUUUUAAUUUAUUGACUUUAUGGGUAAAUCAAUUUAUGUAUUGAGAUUUUUAGAAUAAAAAUGUCUAGUCUUGU